GUGCGGAGCUCUGCUUCAGUUUGCAGAGCCGCCAACUCAUGGGCCGCGGCGGCGGCGACAAGGGCGCUCAUGGCGGGGCCUGCGGCAAGGGCAAGGACAAGUCGGGCUCGUUCGUGGUUUGUACGCACUGCCGUUACCGCUGGAACUUCAAGUCCAAUCACUGGUGCUACCAGUGCUGCUCGCCGCUGGUGCCGUACCCGUCGGCCGACAAGAAGCCAGCGGGCGAGUGGACGUUCGGUCCGCCAGCGGUGGCCUCGAGCCCCUUCGCGGACGCCGCCGCCGAGGCUGCCGCGACGCCGCCGCAGGGGAGCAAGGGCCCGCCAGGCCCGAAGCGCGGCGCCAAGGGCGGCCAGCCCAAUCGUCGGCCCUGGGUCUGGCACGGGCCUGGCUGGUACCCUCACGGGGGUGGCCCGCCCCCAGCGGCCGAGGCGGAGGUGGCUCAGGCGGCGGACCCACUCGCGGCCUUGCGAGCCGAGCUGGGGGACUGCGCCGAGCUGGAGGCCAUCGCCGCCAAGAGGGAUGCGGCCAAGUCUCAGCAGGCCGAGCCCGCCCCGCGUCGACCGCCGCUGUUGGAGGAGGAGGUGUCCACCAAAGGCAUCGCGUGCAGGCGUGCGCAGGCGUGGCUUGAGACCUGUGCCGCCCGUGUCGUCGAGGGGGAGGCGUGGCUGGCCGCUGCUAGGUCCGCGGAGGACGACGCCGUGGCGGCGGCGCAUCAGGCCCAGCUCGAUUGGGAGGAGGCGUGCAAGAAGCAGCUGCCGUCGCCUCCCCUCGAAGGCGAGGAGGACAAGGGCCAGGCACCCGCUACUUCGGCCAUCAACCUCUCCACGCUCGUUUUCGAGGGCACGUUGCAGAUCGUGGACGGGCCGCUCUUCGACGUGGAGGGGCUCGAGAUCGACAGCGGUGACAAGGACGAAUGGAACCGCAUCAAGGCAGAGCUCGCAUCCAGCGUCCAGGAGAAGGUGCAGCAAGCACUGGGCCCAGCCGCUGAGCAGAUCGUCAGGCUCCGCGAAGAGGUCAAGCAGCUGCACGCCAGGAUGCAGGCCACGCGGCGCCGCGGGCCCGACGGCGAGGCCUCCGCUGCCGCGGGUGCCGCGGCCGCGGCGGGCGGCGCUGCUGCCGCUCCUGCCGCUCCUGCCGCUGCUGCUGAUGGCGUGGGCGUGGCAGUGCGCGACCUCAGCGGCCCUGAGGAGUUAGAGCGCCGCCUUCGAAUGUACUCCCAGCGGUGGCUGCGAAACCCCCAGGUUCUGGAUGAAGAGGGCGAGGCGGCGCACUUCAUGGCGCUGGGAGUUGAGUACGUGGCAGAGUGGCUGGGCCACCAUGAAUUACGCCAUUUCAUCGGCGAUGCCCUCCUGAUCGCGGGGCACGACAAUGCAGACAUCGCCCAGAGGGAGCUCGCCAGGGACACGCGCGCUGCAGCAUGGAGGGCGAGGAAGCACCUCCGCUUGAACUACCACAAGUGCCUGCAGCGCCUCGAGCUGACGGACAGUGAGGCGUGGGAGCAGGAGCUUGCACGCCUCGGGGAGACCAUGGCGACUGCGAUCGAGCUCUUUGAAGAGCGCCCACCGCCACCCAUACGGCAGGCAGAUGCCAGCGCCGAGUUCGUUGUCUGCGGAUCCGUCGUCGACGCUGUCCACGUGUGCGCCAGCAACCUCGGCUACUCCGAUUGCGACCUGGGCGUCGUCUUCCUUCUCUACUCCAGUGGAGUUGACGUCGAGCCCUACAGGGCCGACGUCCGGAGCUGGGAGAGGGCGUGCGGACCGGAG